UUGAACAAUGGACCAGGGAGACCAGUUUAACCUCUCAGAUUCAGAUAGUGACGCAGAAGAGGUAAUAGAAUUUGACAACAAGACGUCUGUAUGUGAGCGACAGAUUGUGGCUGCUAUAGAUUUUGGCACAAUUUAUUCCAGCUACGCAUAUUCAUUCAAGUUUGAUUGGACUACAAUUAUUACACAAAGCUGGCAUGAUAACGAAUAUUUGAUGGAUUAUAAGACACCAACUUCACUUCUGCUGAAGCCAGACGGUUCCUUCUUUAAGUUUGGGUUUGAGGCAGAAAAUGAAUAUGCUAGACUGUCGGAAGAUGAUAACCAUAAGGACCAUUAUUUCUUCCGCAGAUUUAUGCUAAUUUUAAAGUCAAAGUUAACAGAGAGAGUACAUAGAAAAACAGUUUGCAUUGAUGAGACAGGGAAAGAAUUCAAUGCUCUUCAGAUCUUCACCUAUUGUAUCCAAUAUCUGAAAGACUGCAUGCUGGAAAGAAUGAACAUACAAGUCACUGGUGAAAUCAAAGUGAGUGACAUUGAUUUUGUCAUCACUGUGCCAGCUAUAUGGGACGACACUGCAAAGAUGCUCAUGAUAGCAGCUGCCCAAAUGGCAGGUAUACAAAAGGAACAGCUGAAGAUUGCCUUGGAAUCAGAGGCUGCAUCUAUUUAUUGUCAGUACAUGCAUCUAAAGUGGGACAGAGGCCCAAACAAGGCUGGCUUUAAAGAUAAACUAACGACAGGCUUUAAGUACAUGGUGAUAGAUCUUGGAAAUAAUACUGCCGAUAUCUCUGUUUACGAGAGGGCACCAGACGGAGGCUUGAAGCAGGUCAUUGUGCCAAGUGAAAUAAGCUGGGGUGAAACCAAUGUGGACGACGCAUUCCUUCAAUUCUUCUGUGAUCUCAUUGGAAAAGAAAGCAUGGACACAUUCAAGGAAGAAUGCAUGGAAGAUUACUUAGAUUUAUUUAAAAAUUUUGGUUUUCUUAAAAGAUCAGUACCUUCAGCAACAUCUGACAGUAUUAAGAUCAGAAUUCCGGCUCCACUUUCUGAAAUUCUUGAUGACAAGGAGGUAAUGGCCAAAGCUAUUGAAUCAUCAAAAUACAAGGACAUUAUUCCUUUUAAAAAGCGAGCUGAUAUAUUCAAAUUCCCAUAUUCUGAGCUUGAAAACUUCUUCAAGGAAACAUGUGAUAACAUUAAAAGUCAUCUGGAUGGUUUGUUGAAAAAACCUGAGUUGGCUGAUGUUGAAACUGUCCUGUUGGUUGGUGGCUUCUCCGAAUGCUACAUCAUCCAAGAAAUGAUCAAGAAAGAGAUGAAAGACAAACAUUUAAUAUUACCACAGGAUCCAGGUCUAGCAGUACUGAAAGGUGCUGUGUACUUUGGUCAUGUACCUAAUGCAUUUACCACUCAUAUUUCAAAUUAUUCCUAUGGGGUCCAAAACUGGCCAGACUUUGAUCCGUCAAAGCAUCCGGAGGAGAAAAAGAUAAGAGUCGGAAACCAAGACAGAUGUCGUGAUGUCUUCAUGAAGUUUGUCACAAAGGGAGACAAAAUCAAACCAGGUCAUCGAACAUAUUAUAUCUUAAAGGUCAUCAAGCCAGACGAAGAUAUCAUUCAAUGCAGCAUUUACCUGUCUCGUAAACCAGAUCCCAAAUUCAUAGAUGAAAAGGGGGUGUCUUGUGUUGGAUCGCUGCAGAUUAAACUACCCAAAGUUGAUAAAGGCACUUCCAUCGAUAUUGAGGAGAAAAUCUUCAUUAAGGACACAGAAGUUGAAGUAAUUGUUACCGAACUGCAUAAAUUUAGGGAAUUCAAAGCAACUUUUGACCUUCUUUCUCCUGAUAUAUUGAAAGAAGAGUAAGCAAUCAAAUCAUGUGAUGUUAAAAAAAUGAAGAAAAGUAACAUGUGAUCUUGCAAUAAAUUCAGAAGAACUUUU